AUGGACUCAACUCGAACAACCAAUGCACAUCUGCACCAGCAGUGCGUUUACUUUUUGCGGGGAAGAUGCCGCUUCGGCACACGCUGCAAGUUCUCGCAUACCGUAGGUGGCCAGACGGCGUCUUCUGGCCAAAAUAUCAAGCACCGCGCCAUCGGAACCGAACAUAACGAAAUGCGAGAGGACGUUCUGCAUACCUGGAGACGCCUUCUGACCCCCCCUCCAUUUGGGAUGCGCCGCCCUCUGGAGAAGGGCAACACCUUUUUUCAGCUAGCCCUUGAACUCAUGGAGGGAGACGUGGGAGCGUCUCAAGAAACGAUCCGGCUCAUGGCUAAAGAUGAUGGAUUGGGGUUCAUUCGUGACCUAGCCGAAUAUCAUAUCCCCAAUGCUGCCACGCAAACCGAGAAAGCCAACCUGGCUCUCGAAUCCGCUGUUUUAGAGCAAGAGGUGGCAACUCUCUACAACUUCAUGCAAGGAAUAGGAGGCAGAAGAAUGAAGCUCAUCUUCGACUUCGUCAUUGGAUUACUAGACACCUGGUCACUUCUGCCCAGGUCGAGCGAGUCAGAGUCUGAAUUUGCUAUUUGCAAGCUAGGCUUAGCCGUCUUGGCCAAGAUGGUCGACUGCAUCACUACGAAUGUUGUCAACGAACACUUUGAGCCAAUCCUCCUGAGCUUUGAAGCGCUUACCAUCGCUACAGGCGAUGUAGCAGGCAUGUUCUUCAAGAUGCAAGCGCAGAAACAUUUGGAUUACAUCAAAAGACGACUAAGGGUAGGAGACUCUAUGUCGCUCACCAGUGGGCCCCAACAAAGCCUUGGAGUUCGAGCAGAGUACAUAAUGCGCCGGGAUCUACCGGGGCAUCUUUCAACUGAAGGACCACGUCACGAUAAUGACCACGCAGACAUCGUGAACAUUCGUAUUCUGCCUACCAAGCAGGAAAUCGCCUCGCCUCGAGGGGAGUACUUACCAAUGAACGAUACUUCCCUCUUCCACGUUUCUGGCAUUCGGGGUCGCCUCGACCGAGAGUUUCGCCUCCUGCGUGAAGACACAGUUGGUCAGCUUCGGGAUGCAGUCCGUGCCCAACUGGAAUCUAUGCAGAGUUCAACUCGUGAGAGAGAUAUUCGAGGAAACAAUGGAUUGAAGACCCACGUGUACCGAGGUGCUGACAUAGAAGACAUACGCUUCGAAAAACAGACAGGCCUAGAUCUUCUGGUAAGAUUUCGACAACCACUCUCUGGAAAAGACCACCAGAAACGCCAUGAUUGGUGGGCACAAUCGAAGCGUUUACAGCCAGGCGGGCUUGUCUGUGUCAUAUCCCAGAACUCAAUCUAUUUCUGCACCGUAGCCGAGUCCACGAAGAUUCUCCCCGAUUCCAGACGCGAACUUGGCCAGAGAGCCAAAGACGGAACGGAAACAUUGGAUCCGAAAUUUGUGCAGUCACUUGCGGGUGAUGAUAAGGUUUCGUACGUUCAUCUACAUAUCGCAGAGCCUGCUCGAUCCACUAUCACUCAGGCCCUCUCUUGGUAUCGCAAAAUCAGUGAUGGCCACCAACGAUUUCUCGUCGAGUUCCCUGGUGUUCUGCUGCCGUCCUUUCAGCACACCCUCCGUGCACUCCAAUGCAUGUCGCAGAAACCCAGCGUUCCUUUCACCAAGCUCAUUGCCCCUGAAUCGGAAGACAUUGAGCUAACCACAAUGGACCCUCCUCAAUACUCGGUGAAGCCAGGUUUUUUCUUCGACCUUACUUGCCUGACACAUGAUGGUACAGACUUGCGACACAGUUAUUAUGAGCCGUUGGACGCUCGGAGUUUAGCCACGCACUCAACUUUAGACGAAACUCAAUCCAUCGCCUUGCUGAAUGCGCUGUCGAGGGGACUAGCCCUUAUUCAGGGACCGCCCGGCACUGGUAAAAGUUUCACUGGGGAGAAACUCAUCAAGACUCUGCUAGCAAACAAAAAGUGCGCCGAUCUAGGACCAAUUCUUUGCGUAUGCUAUACAAACCACGCUUUAGACCAGCUCUUGGAGCAUUUGCAUAAGGAUGGAGUGAAACAAAUCAUCCGGAUUGGUUCCCGAUCUAAGUCAGAAAUUCUUGAAAAUCUCAAUCUUCGGGUCCUCUCUCAAAUGGCUGAUAGGACCAGAGGCGAAAGGCAUGCGCUUUGGACCAGCGAAACAAAUAUGGAUGAGUAUGUACCACACAUCACCCAACUACUCGGGGAACUUGCACGAAGCCAAACUACCAGUGCAAUCGAGGAGUAUCUGAAGGAUCGCCAUCCGGAACAAUGGAGAACCCUAUUCGGUGCUGAUUCAGAUGGGUUCCAAAGGGUAAUGCGACGCAAAAAUUCAAUCCUAGAUGAGUGGCGGCGUGGAGGCAGCGAUACUGGGUUGGAACCUCGGGCCGUGAGCGACCUGGUCAAUUCCCCUGUAUUGGCGAUGUCACGGGCUGAGCGAUGUCGCAUCUAUAAGUACUGGUUGCGAUCCAUUAGAGGGCGGAUUAUCGGCAAAAUCAGUGCUAACCAUACGACCUAUACUGAAGAGAAAGAACGCCGCGACAAUAUCCGUCAAGACGUAGACCUCCGUUGUCUCUCAAGUGCCGAUGUUGUUGGUGUUACCACCACAAGUCUAGCAAAGAAUCUCAACCUUCUUCAAAGAUUGAGAUGCAAGGUCAUGCUAUGCGAAGAGGCAGGCGAAGUCCUCGAGGCCCAUACCCUCACUGCGCUUCUUCCCUCAGUGGAGCAUGCUAUUCUGAUUGGCGAUCACCAGCAACUCAGACCACAGAUUCAAAACUACGAGCUGCAAAGUUCCAACCCUCGCGGUUCUCGAUAUUCACUUGAUGUUUCGCUGUUUGAGCGGCUCGUGGAUGAUUCGAAUGAUGGAGGUCAAAAACUACCGUUUGACACACUAGUAACCCAACGGCGUAUGCAUCCUCAGAUUUCGGAGCUCAUAAGGGCCACUCUUUACCCGGCUCUUGAAGAUGGUGGCGAGGUGUUUAGAUAUCCUGAUAUAGUAGGUAUGAAGAGGCGGUUAUUCUGGUUACACCAUGAGGCACCUGAGGAUAGGGAAAUACAACUGGAUCCAUCAACCACUUCACACACAAACUCUUUCGAGCUACAAAUGACAAUCGCUAUCGUCCAGCAUCUUGUCCGGCAGGGGUCAUAUGGCCCAGACGAUAUUGCAGUAAUAACACCCUACCUCGGUCAGCUUCACCAACUUCGACGUCUGAUGCAAGCCAUGUUCGAGAUUUCUGUGGGCGAGCGAGACCUGGAAGAGCUUGAUGCUUUGGAAGCCGAGAAACACGGACAACCGAGUGUCCGCACCUUGGCGCCUAAGGGUGCGACCAAGACAACUCUAUUGAGAAGUAUCAGAUUGGCGACAGUCGAUAAUUUUCAAGGGGAAGAGGCCAAGGUUGUGGUGGUAUCCCUUGUUAGAAGCAAUCAGCAAAACAAGUGUGGAUUCCUUGGUACUACUAACCGUAUUAACGUGUUGCUGUCGCGAGCACAGCAUGGUAUGUAUAUCAUUGGCAACUCAAGGACUUAUGGCCAGGACUGGAACUGGAGCUUCAGUGCGCCCGUCACCCAGACACUCCGAUCCUUGUUUCGCAGCCCGAUCACUUCCUCCAGUUCUCCCCUGAAGGAGGUUGCAACUUGCGCUGCGACAAACGCCUCUCAUGCGGCCACUCUUGCGUCAAUAGAUGCCAUUCGGAAGUUUUACACAGCGCGGUGA